CAUAAGCAACACAACAUUGAAGAAUCACCACACACUCCAAAAUGCAAUUCUUUAGCUUGGCUUCCAUCUUCCUUUUUCUAUCUUUUCUGUUUUUGGUAAGGAAAUGGAAAAAUUCCAAUAGCCAAUCCAAAAAAUUGCCUCCAGGUCCAUGGAAACUUCCUUUACUAGGAAGCAUGCUUCAUAUGGCUGGUGGACUUCCACAUCAUGUCCUUAGAGACUUAGCCAAAAAAUAUGGACCACUUAUGCACCUUCAGCUUGGUGAAGUUUCUGCAGUUGUCGUUACUUCUCCUGAUAUGGCAAAACAAGUACUAAAAACUCAUGACAUCGCUUUCGCGUCUAGGCCUAAACUUUUGGCUCCUGACAUUGUCUGUUACAACAGGUCUGACAUUGCCUUUUGCCCCUACGGAGAUUACUGGAGACAAAUGCGUAAAAUUUGUGUCUUGGAAGUGUUGAGUGCCAAGAAUGUCAGGACAUACAGCUCGAUUAGGCGCGAUGAAGUUGAUCGCCUAGUUAACUUUAUCCGGUCAUGUUCGGGUGAGCCGGUUAAUUUUACUGAAAAGCUCUUUUUGUUCACAAGUUCCAUGACAUGUAGAACAGCAUUUGGGAGAGUGUUCAAGGAGCAGGACCAAUUUAUACAACUGAUCAAAGAAGUGAUAGGGUUAGCAGGAGGGUUUGAUGUGGCUGACAUCUUCCCAUCACUCACGUUUCUCCAUGUGCUUAGUGGAAUGAAGGGUAAAAUUAUGAAUGCCCAUCAUAAGGUUGAUGCAAUUGUUGAGGAUGUCAUCAAUGAGCACAAGAAGAACAUUGCAAUGGGGAAAACUAAUGGUGCAUUAGGUGGUGAAGAUCUAAUUGAUGUCCUUCUAAGACUUAUGAAUGAUGGAGGACUUCAAUUUCCUAUCACCAACGACAACAUCAAAGCUAUCAUUUUUGACAUGUUUGCUGCCGGAACAGAGACUUCAUCGUCAACACUUGUGUGGGCAAUGGUGCAAAUGAUGAAAAAUCCAAGUGUAUUCUCCAAAGCUCAAGCAGAAGUGCGAGAAGCCUUUAAAGACAAAGAAACGUUUGAUGAAAAUGAUGUGGAGGAGCUGAAAUACUUAAAGUUAGUCAUUAAAGAAACUCUAAGACUACAUCCACCAGUUCCACUUUUGGUCCCAAGAGAAUGUAGGGAAGAGACUGACAUAAACGGGUACAUUAUUCCUGUGAAGACCAAAGUCAUGGUUAAUGUUUGGGCAUUGGGAAGAGAUCCUAAAUAUUGGAAUGACGCAGAAAGCUUUAAACCAGAGAGAUUUGAGCAGUGCUCUGUGGACUUUGUUGGUAACAAUUUUGAGUAUCUUCCCUUUGGUGGUGGGAGAAGGAUUUGUCCCGGGAUAUCAUUUGGCUUAGCUAAUGUUUAUUUGCCGUUGGCUCAAUUGCUAUAUCACUUCGACUGGAAACUCCCUAAUGGAAUGGAGCCAAAAGACUUGGACUUAACUGAAUUGGUUGGAGUAACUGCCGCCAGAAAAAGUGACCUUAUUUUACUUGCCACUCCUUAUCUACCACCUCGACAAUGAUUUUCAACAUUUUCCUUUUUAUAGAAUAAUUUCCUACUGAGCCCAAUUAUUAUCCUAUCUUUCUUUUGGAGUUUCCAACUUUAUCUAGUUCUAAUAUAUGUAUCUAUCUUUUUAUCGUGAGGAAUGUACCAUGAUUGUUUCUCCAAUAACAUCUUUUAAUUUGUUUA